AUGACGGUCGAUUGCAUUUCCAUGGCUUCACGCCACCAUCCCCACCAUCCCUUCAACAAUCCUAGUUUGAAUCACUCAAGCGGGGUGUCAAACGUGGGCAGCAACAACCCUUACGCCAGACACAUGUCCCCUGCGCCCUCGACUUGCUCUCGGCGGUCGCGCUGUGAAUCUGUGAGCUCCGCGCCUUCCAUCUGGUAUUCCGGCACCCCCGAGCAUCAUCCGGUGGAGCCGAGACGUCAUCCGUCGACCCGCCGCCGCCGAUCUACUUCUCACAAAUCCCUUCGGCACUCACAGCUUGUACAGCCGGACAUUAUCGACCAACUGGACAACGUGACUGCCUUCUCAUAUCACCACGAAGGUCCGUAUGAUGCCGCUCGGCCCGAGCGGAACCGGUUCAGUCAAUCCAGCCCACUGGAAGCUGUUAGAGAAUCCAACGCCGAGGCGCUGCGCGCAACUCCCCAGCACAAAAUUGCGGAUGCUGUCAACAGUCACAGACCGUUGGAUGGUGUCGCCUUCUACCCCCCUGGCACGACGGACCGCAAUGGCCAAGAAUACUGUUAUGAAGAAGGCUCAAACAUGAUGAAUGACUUCGCCGGCAACUUCAUGCGCCUUCCUGGCACGAAAUUUACCGACGAAGACUUCAAGAAUGACCCAUUCUACAAUCGCCCGGUAGUCAACCCAUUCUCCCAACUUCGCAAGAGCAUCAGUAUGCGCUUCAAGAAACGACGCGGCACCGCCUAA